AUGGCAGGAUCAACGGUGGGUGGUGGCUCUGCUGUUAACUGGUCAGCAUGCAUUAAAACGCCACUGUCUGUGCUCCGGGAAUGGGCCGAGGAAUACAAGAUCCCACUCUUCGCAGGCCCGAGUAUCCUUCUGCAAUGGAAACAUGAUCAUAUCAGGAAGCAAAGCUCAGAGAUUUAUAUUGGAAAAGAACAGGCCUCAAGGUACAAGAGGAAAGAAAUGCUCGGGCGUAAUUGCAAAAUUUCUAGACAAAAACAUCACAAGAGACUGCAUAUAGAAGCCAAAGUUACAAUCUCAGCAUGUGGAUCUCUCCUUACACCGCCUCUAAUGAUCUCGAGUGGGUUGAAAAAUCCUAACAUUGGCCGGAAUCUUCAUCUUCACCCGGUUUUGAUGGCUUGGGGAUACUUUCCAGAGUCCAAUUCAGAACUCAAGGGGAACACCUAUGAAGGAGGGAUUAUCACAUCGGUUCAUAAAGUGGGGUCGGACAAGUCCAAUCCAACGGCCAUUAUAGAAGUUCCGGCAUUGGGGCCUGGAUCAUUUUCUGCACUAUGUCCUUGGGUGUCUGGACUGGACUUCAAGAAGAGGAUAUUGAAAGAAAAUAUGAAGACAGGGUUACGACAAGCAUUGAGGAUCUUGAUCGCAGCAGGAGCUGUUGAGGUGGGAACUCAUCAGAGUGAUGGCCAGAGAAUCAUCUGUAAAGGGACUAGUGAGGAGGAAAUGGAGGAGUUUCUGGAUACAGUCACUGCACCCGAAGGGGCAAUGUCAUUGGUAGAGAAAUGGACAACAUAUAGCUCUGCCCAUCAAAUGGGGAGUUGUAGGAUGGGAAUCACUGAAAAGGAUGGUGCAGUAGAUGAGAAUGGGCAGAGUUGGGAAGCAGAAGGGUUAUUUGUAUGUGAUGCUAGUGUUCUGCCAAGUGCGGUUGGCGUCAAUCCUAUGAUCACCAUCCAGUCUACUGCUUAUUGCCUCUCAAAGAAGAUAGUCCAGUCGUUGUAAAAAGGAGCUCUCAAACUUUAAUUUACUUUUCAGACAUGGACUGAACUAAACUUGGAAAGUGAUGGACAGAGCAGGAGCAGAAUUAGGAAUCUAAGGAGAUCUGUAAGGAAGUGCUACAUUUUAAGCAGCCAAGAUUUUCGGCAACUUAUAGAUUUAUAGUGUAAACAGAUUUUUUAGCUGUGGAUUUGAUAUGUUUGGCUAUAAUGUUAUAGUUAUGAAAGGAAUUAGGUUUUCUGAUAAAGAGAGUAAACCCAAGUAAUGCACAGGACAGUCUCUUUAUGUCAAAUGUUAUGGUUUUGUGAUCUGGGGAUGGGAAG